AUGUCCUCUCCUCGUCCCUCGCCUCUAGCAUCACUCUCCUCUUCCAAAUCCAUCUCCACCCAGAAACCCCACCCGAUUCCAUGGACUCACCAGGAGACCCUCCAUCUCAUCUACGCCUACCAAGACAAAUGGUACUCUCUCGAAAGAGACCAGUUGAAGUCCAACCAGUGGGAGGAGGUCGCCGUCACCGUCGCCGCCCGUUGCGGCUAUAGCCACUUCGAUCCAUCGAAAACCUCCGUCCAAUGUCGUCACAAGAUGGAGAAGCUCCGCCAGCGUCUCCGCUCUGAAAAACACCGUCUCUCCACCGGUACUCAAUCUUCAUCGCAUUGGCUCUACUUCGACCUUAUGAAUAACUUAUUACGCGGUCCACUACCAAUCUCCGCUCGUCCGAUGUCUUCCAUUCCGUUCGAUAACCAUCAAGAUGACCACAUCACUGAGAAAUCCGAUAACUACAACUCCGAUUACGAGGAAGAGGAGAGGAAUAAUCGCAAUAGAUUGGUGGGAAUGGAGAAUUGGAAGAUGGAUAUGAUGAAGGAAGCGGAGAUGAACAGAAUUGCGAUAGAGAACAAGCGGAUGGAGAUGAUUUUGGAAUCGGAGAAGAAGAUUGUGAAUUCAAUUGCAAAGGCUUUUGGGUGUCUUCCUUCAAAGAGGUUGAAGAUCGGCCAUGAUUCUUGA